AUGUAUUCCGCUAAUAUUUGUGUUACCAUCGAGGAUUUUAUGGAUGUCGUCUUCUGUGCUUAUGUGCAUAAUCAUAAAAAGCAAUCGGAGAGAUGGCGUAAACUCCGCAACAUCGUGCAGUGGACGCCAUUCUUCCAAACCUACAAGAAACAGCGGUAUCCUUGGAUCCAGCUUGCUGGUCAUCAAGGAAACUUCAAGGCAGGACCUGACCAAGGCACAAUCUUGAAGAAACUCUGUCCGCAAGAAGAGAGGUGUUUUAAGAUUCUGAUGAAAGACGUUCUUCGACCAUUCGUACCUGAAUACAAGGGACAAGUUACUUGCGAAGACGGAGAAUUGUAUUUACAACUACAAGACUUGCUAAGCGAUUUCGACAGUCCUUGCGUUAUGGACUGCAAGAUUGGAGUCAGGACGUACCUGGAGGAAGAGCUCGCCAAAGCUAAGGAGAAGACUAAAUUGAGAAAAGAUAUGUACGAAAAGAUGAUCCAGAUAGACCCUAAAGCGCCAACUGAAGAAGAGCACAGGAGUAAAGGCGUCACGAAGCCAAGGUACAUGAUCUGGAGGGAGACCAUCAGUUCCACUGCGACCCUCGGCUUCAGGAUAGAUGGUGUCAAGAAAGCUGAUGGCACUAGCUCCAAAGACUUUAAGACUACUAAGACUAGAGAACAAAUUGUUGAAGCUUUCAAAGACUUUACCAGUAACUUUCCUAAUGCUGCGCCGAAAUACUUAGAAAGACUGAGGAGCAUCAGGGAUACACUGAAAGAGUCAUCGUUCUUCAGAUCUCACGAGCUCAUCGGCAGCUCCUUACUCUUCGUUCACGACAAAAGAAGGGCUUCCAUCUGGAUGAUUGACUUCGCAAAGACUGUCCCCGUUCCAGAUAACGUCAGUAUUGACCAUGAUUCUGUCUGGAAAGUUGGCAACCAUGAAGACGGCUACCUCAUUGGACUGAACAACCUCAUCUCAAUCUUCCAAUCUCUCAUUAAGGACGACAAUGGCAAUAUAGACCAGUGCUAUUCAGACGUAAGCUUAGAAAAAAAUGUUCGAAAGGACAGUUUUGAUACUUGA